AUGCUCUCUACUCAGAUCCAUACCCACGCCCACGCCUCGAGACAAGCUGCUCAGCUGGGUAAAGCUGCAGCGCUUGGAUUCGUCCGUUCGGCCUCGUCCUCCUCGUCCUCUCUUCUUCGAUCCCCCGCUGGUCUCAGGUUAGCCUGCGCUGCGUCUCAACACCAUCAAUCCUCACGAGCGUUCUCGACGACUUCGGUCGCCCAGCUACGAGACUUUUUCCCAGCCAAGGACACUCCCCAUAUCCAGGUUACCAAGCCAGCAUGGCCUCACCACACUCAAUCCUACGAGGAGAUGAUCUCGGUGGUCCCGGCCCAUCGUGAGCCUCGGGGAAUGGGUGACUGGGCAGCCUGGAAGAUUGUUCGAUUUGCCAGGUACUGCAUGGACAAGGCCACAGGCAUGGACCGCGCUCAGCAAGUUGAUAAGAAGCAUCCAACUACUGCUGUAGAGGCAUCAAAGCCCUUGACUGAAGCGCAAUGGUUGAUUCGAUUCAUCUUUCUUGAAAGCAUUGCCGGUGUGCCUGGAAUGGUUGGCGGAAUGCUACGCCAUCUCGGCAGCCUUCGCCGAAUGAAGCGAGACAACGGCUGGAUCGAGACACUCCUCGAGGAGAGCUACAAUGAACGAAUGCACCUUUUGACGUUCAUGAAAAUGUGUGAACCUGGGUGGUUCAUGAAGAUGAUGAUCAUCGGCGCACAAGGCGUUUUCUUUAACGGCCUUUUCGUCUCGUACCUCAUUUCGCCCAAGAUUGUGCACCGUUUCGUCGGAUACCUCGAGGAGGAGGCUGUCCACACUUACACGCGAUGCAUCAAGGAGAUUGAAGACGGCCACCUCCCCAGGUGGACAGACCCCGAGUUCCGCAUUCCCGACAUCGCUAUUCAGUACUGGAACAUCCCCGAGGGUCACCGCACCAUGAAGGAUCUCGUCCUUUACAUUCGAGCCGACGAGGCAGUCCACCGCGGUGUCAACCACACCCUGGGCAAUCUCAACCAGAACGAGGACCCAAACCCAUUCGUUAGCGAGUUCAAGGACCGUGAUAUACCGAAGCCCGCACUCAAGCCCGCUGGAUACGAGCGUGCUGAUGUUAUCUAA